AAGCACAACUCAAUCUUCCAAACAUGCUUAAAGUAUAAAUUUGAUGUUUGAUAUUUUGAUCCAGAAAAUAAAGUGCUGAUUUCACUAAAAGAUUGUAAAAGUUCACAAAUUCUACCAACCCACUUCCAUUCUUCUUCAUCCAAGGUCCAUUUAAAACUUUCAUCAUCCAAUUCAAAAAGAAGCAAAAGCAUCUUUAUAGAUUAUUGCCCUCUCAAGCAUGUUAGUGUCUAUGUUGAUCUAUAUCUUUUUCUGCAUUUCGGCAUUUGAUUGAUUCUCGCAAAAUCUGAUCUGUGGUCCUCAAUCAUCAAGAGGGAAAGUUGACUUCUACGAUUUAAGCUAACUUUUGGUGUUUUGGUUUGUUUACUUUACUAAGAUUUGAGCACCAAACCUUCCAUCUCUUUUCGGGUUUUAGAUAUGAUGAUUUCCCAUCUCUUGCUCAUUUCUCUCAUCUCAAUCACAUUUCCUUUCUUGUGGCCAACGGUAGAGGAAGAUUGUGAAAGGGGUUAAAUGAAGAGAGAAGAAACAAGUAGGUGGAUCAACUGUGAUUAGAUCUGGGCGUAGGAGUUUGACGAGGAAAAUUUUGAGUGAUGAGGCAAGGUUAGAGGUGAGAAGAGGAGAUGAGAAAAGGGAAGAGACAACAUGGAUGGGCAAUGGGUCACAAAUGGAGAAAAAAUUGGAAGAGGAAGAUCGUGGGUUCAAGAAGGCUAGUCAUAACUAAGGAAGAGAAAAAGAAAGAGACUUGGUGGUGGUUGAUUUUCCAAAUUUGAGUUUGUUAGAAGGAGAAGAGGCCUUAAACUCCUCACAGAAGUUGAUGUGUCAAUCCAGCACUUCCUUGGUGGAGAUGGUCAUGUGGGAUCUCUACAUAAUGUCCUUGAUGACCUCGACACAGAGGCCGCAAAUUCAGCAUCCCUGGUAAUGUUCCUGGUUGCGGAGGAUGUCCUUAGUGACGCGGCAGCAAUGGCAUUUGAUGGAUUGGAUUUUGGUGGGAGGAGUGACAUUAGUUGAUGGAGGUUGAGUCUCUGAGCUAGCGAAUGCCAUGGCUUGAGAUAGAACAUUGGAGAUUGGUGGUAACAUGGUUUGAAAUGAUUGAGUUUUUAAAUUAAAAAUCAUCUAGGAAGAAUAGAAAAACAAAUGUGUUUGCACAAAAUUAUUAGUUAAAUUUUCAUUCCUUAGACAUAUUUGUUUUGUUUAUGAUUAAAAGCUAUGAUAUGGGUUUCUUUAGAUACUAUUUAGAUUAGUAAAAUUCAUAUAAUCAAGAGUUACUAAUAAUGUAAUUUUUAUUUA